CGAAACGAGACUAUCGUGUCUUUGCCCAAAGGUUAUCGACCGUUAAAGGCCAAUAACGGACGGCUCAGAUCAACAUCCUUGAUACCAAUACGCAACAAAUAGGGUGAGCUUAGCUGGACCCCACUGGGUCUAAAACAGUGACAGGUCCUCUGUUUUUCUUGUUUUAAAGACACUUUCUUUGGUGUUUCUUCACCAGCUUUCCUCUCGCUCUCUUUCUCUUCUUCUGCCGCGAGCCUGCGACAAUUAAACCGGUCAAUAUGGGAACUAUUUUUAAAGCGGUUGGGUUGCCUCUGUUCCUUUCAAGCUUGUUGCUUUCUCUAGUUUCCUCUGCACCCAAUGAUGGGUUGUUUAGGAUUGGACUCAAAAAGGUGAAAUUGGACCCAAACAACCGGGUUGCUGCACAGCUGGAAUCCAAGAAUGUAGAAGCUUUGAGAGCCUCUAUGAGAAAUUACCAUCUUCCUGCUAAUCUUGAAGACUCUGGGGAUAUUGAUAUUGUCUCCCUAAAGAACUACUUGGAUGCUCAGUAUUAUGGUGAGAUUGUUAUUGGUACUCCCCCCCAGACGUUCACUGUGAUUUUUGACACCGGAAGUGCUAAUCUGUGGGUUCCAUCAUCCAAGUGUUAUUUCUCGGUUGCAUGUUACUUCCAUGCCAACUACAACUCAGGCAAAUCGAGUACAUACAAGAAGAAUGGGACAUCUGCUUCUAUCCAGUAUGGUACUGGAGCCAUUUCAGGUUUCUUUAGUAACGACAAUGUUCAAGUUGGGGACAUCGUUAUUGAAAACCAGGACUUUAUCGAAGCAACUAGUGAGCCUGGUCUCACAUUUUUGGCUGCCAAGUUUGAUGGUUUAUUAGGACUUGGAUUUCAAGAGAUUUCGGUUGGAAGUGCUGUCCCGGUGUGGUACAACAUGAUUGAACAAGGUCUUAUCAAGGAACCACUAUUUUCCUUUUGGCUCAAUCGUAAUGCACAAGAAGAAGAAGGCGGUGAAAUUGUGUUUGGCGGAGUUGAUCCAAAUCACUUUAAGGGCAAGCAUACAUAUGUUCCUGUAACGAAGAAAGGCUACUGGCAGUUUGACAUGGGUGAUGUUCUUAUCGGUGGUAAACCAACUGGAUAUUGUUCUGGUGGCUGUUUCGCCGUUGCAGAUUCAGGAACUUCUCUUUUGGCAGGUCCAACAACUGUGAUUACCAUGAUAAAUCAAGCCAUUGGAGCCGAGGGUGUUGUUAGCCAGGAAUGCAAGGCAGUUGCUCAACAGUAUGGGCAAACCAUUAUGAAUCUGCUUUUGGCUGAGGCCCGACCAGACAAGGUUUGUUCCCAAAUUGGAUUGUGCACCUUUGAUGGGACUCGUAGUGUUAGUAUGGGCAUUGAGAGUGUGGUGGAUAAGAGCAACGGGAAAUCUUCUGGCAUUCUUCAUGAUGCUUCGUGCUCUGCUUGUGAGAUGGCGGUUGUCUGGAUGAAAAACCAACUUGGGCAGAACCAGACACAAGAUCGUAUUUUGAACUACGUCAAUGAGCUUUGUGAACGGAUGCCAAGCCCAAUGGGGCAAUCUGCUGUUGACUGUGGAAGGCUUUCUUCCAUGCCUAGUGUUUCCUUCACCAUUGGUGGUAAAGUUUUUAAGCUCACCCCAAACGAGUACAUACUUCAAGUGGGUGAGGGUCCUCAAGCUCAGUGCAUAAGUGGCUUCACUAAUAUUGAUAUCCCUCCUCCCCGAGGACCUCUCUGGAUCUUGGGAGAUAUCUUCAUGGGUCGCUACCACACCGUCUUUGAUUCUGGAAAUAUGAGAGUUGGAUUUGCAGAGGCAGCGUAAAGAACCUCUUCCCUGGGCCCUUGUCUAAAUUGGUUGUUGUUUGCGCAUCUUGUUUACUUGCUGUCUAUGUAUCUCUAUGUAAUUUGAAACUCGAAAGUUGAGGUGUUGGCCCCAGCCAAAAUGUAAUAUAAGUGUUUGAAAUCUUCGGUGUUA